AUGCCUGCACAGUGGAAGUCUCUUCUGCUACUCCUACUGCAGAUUACUUGCUACUUCAGAUCUGCGAAUUGUGGGAGGGUGUUGGUAUGGCCAAUGGAAUACAGUCACUGGCUGAAUCUAAAGAUAAUACUGGAUGAGCUUACAGAGAGAGGACAUGAAGUAACUGUUCUGAGACCUUCAGCCUCCAUCUUUCUUGAUCCCGAAAAGUCACCUAACCUAAAGUUUGAGAGUUUUCCUUCAACUCUCAGUAAAGAUGAUCUGGAUAAGUCUUUCCUAAGGCUUGUGAAUGUAUGGAUUUAUGAGUUACCAAGUGAUAUAUGUUUAUCAUACUCGCCUUUGUUAGAAAAUUUGUUUCAGGAUAUUUCUGACAGUUAUCUAAGUCUUUGUAAAGACACAGUUUCAAACAAACAGCUGAUGACAAAACUACAGAAAUCCAAGUUUGAUGUCAUUGUCUCGGAUGCUGUUGCUCCCUGUGGAGAGCUGAUAGCUGAACUGCUCCACAUUCCUUUUCUGUACAGCCUUCGCUUUUCUCCUGGCUACAAAGUGGAAAAGAGCAGUGGAGGAUUUAUAUUCCCUCCCUCUUAUGUACCUAUAAUUUUGUCAGGAUUAGGAGGUCAAAUGACAUUCAUGGAGAGGGUAAGAAAUAUGAUAUGUAUGCUUUAUUUUGACUUUUGGUUCCAGCCAUUUAAUGAGAAGAAAUGGGAUCAGUUUUACAGUGAAACUUUGGGAAGGCACACGACCUUAGCUGAGACAUCAGGCAAAGCAGAAAUGUGGCUCAUUCGUUCCUACUGGGAUUUGGAUUUUCCUCGCCCAACCUUACCAAAUGUUGACUUUGUAGGAGGACUCCACUGCAAACCUGCUAAACCCUUGCCUAAGGAAAUGGAAGACUUUGUCCAGAGUUCUGGAGAGCAUGGUGUUGUGGUGUUUUCUCUGGGGUCAAUGGUUAGCAACAUGACAGAAGCAAAGGCCAACACAAUUGCAUGGGCCCUUGCCCAGAUUCCACAAAAGGUUCUUUGGAGAUUUGAUGGCAAAACACCAGACACCUUAGGAUCCAAUACCAGAGUCUACAAAUGGCUCCCCCAGAAUGACAUUCUAGGUCAUCCAAAAACCAAAGCCUUUGUAACUCAUGGUGGAGCUAAUGGUGUCUAUGAGGCAAUUCAUUUUGGAAUCCCUAUGAUUGGCAUUCCUUUGUUUGGAGAACAACAUGAUAACAUUGCCUACAUGGUGGCCAAAGGAGCAGCUGUUGCAUUAAAUUUCAGAACAAUGACACGGUUAGAUUUGCUCAAUGCACUGGAAGCAGUUAUAGAUAAUCCUUUCUAUAAAGAGAAUGCAAUGUGGUUAUCAACCAUUCACAAUGACCAGCCCAUGAAGCCUCUGGACAGAGCCGUCUUCUGGAUUGAGUUUGUCAUGCGCCACAAAGGGGCCAAGCAUCUGAGGCCUCUUGCAUACAACCUCACCGGGUACCAGUACUACUCUCUGGAUGUGAUUGGAUUCCUAGUGGCUUGUGUAGCAGUCAUAGCUUUCCUUGUCAUAAAAUCCUGCUUAUUCAUUUAUCAAAAGUUUGUAAAGAUGGGAAAGAAAAUGAAGAAUGACUAGAGCUCAUUGAGAAUGUACUACUUAAAUUUUAGCAUCAUUCUAAUUUACAAACCGUCUAUUCUAUGAUCUUAUAUAUAUGCAAAUUCUCUGCCUGAUAAUUUACUCAACUGAGCUGAAAAUUUAACACCAGUUCCAUUAUUUCAGAUAUGCUUCUCCAUCCCUCUGAUUCUCUCCCUCCUACUCCCCUUCCUCUCUCUCCCUCUGCCCAUGUCCACUCCCUCCAUCUCCACCUUCUCUCACUCUCUUUUGUUGCAGAAACCUGUAAAUCACAAAGUACAAACUUGAUUUCCUUUCUUUUGAUGCUUAUAGGUGCAUUAUUGAAUAUUUAGUACUCAUGAAGAAUAUCUUGACAAUCUGUAUUCCCUGAAAGGUAAAUUUAAGCUAGAUAUAUGGAAGGCUGAUUGUGUUCCCAUUCUACUAUUAGAUACUGAUCCACUUAUUUGCUUGAUGUUUUAUGAUUCAUUUUCCAACUUCUUGACCUAUGCAACAACUGGUUUACUUUUUUGAUAUAAGGUUAUGUAAAUGUAAGUUUUGUGAUUUCUGUGAGUGGGCAAUUUAAAACCUAUAUUCUGACAUUAUUGUCAGAAUACUCAGACGACUCAAUUCUGAUUAACCAUGUUGGAACCUUUUCCAAAGAAGUUGUAAACAAAUAAAAUUGUG